UUUUUCCAUAAAGUGCAUGAUGUACCAUUUAUUAUAUAUGGAAAAAUAAUCAUUUUGUGACAUUUGAAGUUUCGGGACGGAUUGACGCUAGAGGGCUGCCGCGGCCCGCGAGUGUGAGCCAAUCACAAAGUUCAGAAGGACUGACGCACAUACGUCAUGCACUCACAGGCCUACGUGACGCGCGAGUCGUGAAUCAACUGAUGUUUUGAGUAAAUGAACUCUUUACGUGAUUUCCCAAGAUUUCCACGCCGCGAAAUGUAUGAGGAAAUGUCAGUCGAGAGAAACUGGACGGACACCGAGACGAGGGCGCUGCUGUACAUCCGACAGGACGAAGAAAUCAGUAGGCAAAUCAGUGGAACGGUGCGCGAUUCUCUUAUUUACGCUGAGAUAUCAAGGCUCCUCCGGGCGCAAGGGAUCCACAGAACCAAGCGGCAGGUCACCACCAAACUGAAAACACUCAAGCAGAAGUUCCUGAAAAUACACGAGCAUCACAAAAACAGCGGGCACGGCAGGGUGUACUGGAAUUACUAUGAUCUCUGCAAGUCCAUCUGGGGCAGCAACCGCCCCACAGACGCUUUGACACUUCAUAAUAACGUGAAACUCGAAGAGCCCCAGAGUACAUCCAUCGAGGAUGCGCGAAAUGAGAGCAGAUCCACUGACAUCGAGGUGUCAAUCAGUCACGACGAGGAGACGGAUGACAUGACAGAUGUUGUCGUUCAGCCUGUGAGGAAGAAGGCCAGAAAACAUCCAAUUACUGACUCUGUGAGAGAUCCAGAACCUCUCCACGUGCAGAACCAGAGGGAGUAUGAGGAACGCUUGCGAAGGGAAGCCAGAGAAGAGCAGAAGGAGGAACGGGCGAGUUUGAUGGCCAUGUGGAAAGAGAUGAUGGAGUUUCAAGGGAACCUCUUAAAGGAAUUUAUUCACCGCCCGUCUCUGCCUUCACAUCCAUCUUAUCACAGACAUGCUCUUCACAACCAAGGACGCUCUAGUUUUCCAAGCACUAGCUACAUGGCACUGUACGACUCACCAGGAGUUGAAACUGAGAAUGAAAGUGCAGUCUCACACGAGGAAGAGGAGGAGGAAGAAGAGGAGAAAUACGCUAUUCCAGCUGAGAUUGCACCCGUGUUGGACGUUCAACCUGUUAACCGUGCAAACGACAGCCAAUCAAACACAGCGGAGACUGUUUCACCCCCGCCUACGCAAUCAGCAGGAAAGAGCGAUCUGGAGAUGUGUGUGCUACGCAGACAGGAAAGAGUCUUACAGCUUCAGGAAGAAUACUAUUCACUCAAAAUCAAGUAUCUGAAACACAAGAUGGCCAUGGAUCCAUGAUAGAACGCUAAAGAAUAGCGUUAACUGUUUUGUCCUGUCAAGAUGUGAAAAUAUGCUUUGCAGAUGUAGAUGUUCUCAGCUGGACUGUGGAAAAUAUAAAUGUGUAUGUGUCUGUGUACUUAAGCGCACAUCAUAUUCCUUGUUAUUGGUAUUACAUAUUUUGACCAGUA